AUGGUCGGUCCACCCGUCAGCACCCGCGAUCGCCUUCGUCACCACCACGUCCCGCUGAUCUCGCCUCCGGACGAGGACAUAGUCCAGCAGGUACCACUGACGCGACCGAGGAUGCCUCCAGGUGGCCUUCUCUCGCUCCGGCAGACAGAAGAACGUGUUCGUCAGGAUGAGGCGGUGUUCUGCGCAGGUGCGGAGGAGCAGCAGGCCGUUGUCGUUGGAGCCGCGGAGACCAUGAGGACCCAGCACUCCCCUCCAGGCAGUAUGGUCUGUGUCGACGCGGGCGUUGAAGUCACCAAGGACAAUCAACUUGUCCGCCUUCGACACAGUCGCCAAGAGGGCGUGCAGGUCCUCGUAGAAUUUGUCUCUGACGGCGUCGGGGUUGGUCAUCGUCGGAGCGUAGGCGCUGAUGAUGGUGGCGAAUUUGCCUCCCCAGAGAGGCAGGCGGAGGCUCAUCAGGCGAUCGUUGAUGCCCUGCGGCAAACAGGGCAGUCGUCCCACGAUGUCGUUCCGAAUGGCGAAGGCGACGCCCGCGUCUCGUCGCUCUGCCCUGGGUCGACCGCUCCAGAAGAAGGUGUAGCCGGCACCUACCUACUCCAGUUGGCCUUGUUCGGAGAAACGGGUCUCGCUGAGUGCGGCGAUGUCCACCUUGUAGCGCGCCAGUUCUCGUGCCACUAG